AUGCUAGAAAAAGAUGAUUCAGUCAAUAUAAGAUGGAAAUAUUAUGAUAAUAAUGAAGUACACACUAAAGAUGUAAAAAGUAAAAUAGGUGAUUCUCUUUUAGAAGUUGCUCAUAAUAACGAUGUUCCACUCGAAGGGGCCUGUGAAGGUAGUAUUGCAUGUUCUACUUGCCAUGUAAUAUGUGAUAAAUCAUUGUUUAAUAGUUAUAAUCAGUUUAAUGAUAAAGAUAACCACUAUGUAUCAAUUAGUGAUCGAGAAAAUGAUAUGUUAGAUAAGGCUUAUGGACUUACGGAUACAAGUCGAUUGGGAUGUCAAAUUCAUGUAAGUAAACACAUGAACAAUAAAGUUUUUGAAAUUCCUAAAGCAACUAGAAAUUUAGCUGUUGAUGGAUAUAAACCACCUAAACAUUAA